UGUUUAGGACCCAGCCGUUCUCUAAUGUUGUGAUUGUCGGCGCUGUGUUUGCUCAGUGUUAAUGACAAUAAUCUGCUUUUCUAGUGUUUCUCUUCAUUUCUGCUGAUAAGAUGCCCUUGUUUGAAGGCCUGGGCAGCGGAGGAGAAAAGACGGCGGUGGUCAUUGAUUUAGGAGCGGCCUACACGAAAUGUGGCUUUGCUGGAGAGACCGGACCAAGAUUCAUCAUCCCCAGUGAGAUUAAACAUCCAGGAUCUCAGGAGGUGGUGGCAGUGGUUCAGUUCAACAUCAACACAGAGGAGCUCUACACCAUCCUGAAGGAGUUCAUCCACCUGCUGUACUUCAGGCAUCUGCUGGUGAACCCUCGAGACCGCCGCGUGGUUGUCAUCGAGUCCAUCCUCUGCCCUUCACACUACAGAGACACACUCUCCAGAGUCCUCUUCAGGCACUUCGAGGUGCCGUCGGUGUUGUUUGCUCCCAGUCACCUGAUGUCCAUCAUGACUCUGGGUCUGCAGUCUGCUCUGGUCAUGGAUUGUGGAUACACAGAGACGCUGGUUUUGCCUAUCUAUGAAGGCAUCCCCAUCCUGUCUGCUUGGGAAGCUCUGCCCAUGGGAGGAAAAGCCAUUCAUAAGGAGCUGCAGAGUCUACUGAGUGAACAGUGCACAGUGGACACAGACUCCAGCACAGGCCUCCAGCUGCCCAGCGUCAUCAGCAAUAUUCCAGAGGAUGUGGUGGAGGAUAUUAAAGUGCGCACGUGUUUUGUCAGUGACCUGCAGAGAGGCUUGAAGAUCCAAGAGGCCAAAUUUAACACAGAUGCUGAGAGGCCGACUCCUCCCCCAGAUGUGGAUUAUCCACUGGAUGGACAGAAGAUCCUGCAUGUGAAGGGCUUCAUUAGAGACUCUGUGGCUGAGAUGCUGUUUGAGCAGGAUAAUGAGGAGAAAUCCAUCGCCACACUGCUGCUGGACACACUAGUGAAGUGCCCCAUCGACACUCGAAAGGUUCUGUCGGAGAACUUGCUGAUAAUCGGGGGUACGGCGAUGCUGCCGGGGUUCCUGCACCGCCUGCUGGCUGAGAUCCGCUCGCUGGUGGAGAAACCCAAAUACAGAGAUGCUCUGGCCACCAAGAGCUUCCGCAUCCACAGCCCGCCCGCCAAACCCAACUGCACCGCCUGGCUUGGAGGAGCUAUAUUUGGAGCAUUGCAGGACAUUUUAGGCAGCCGCUCGGUGUCCAGAGAUUACUAUAACCAGACAGGCCGCAUCCCGGACUGGUGCUGUCUGAGCUCUCCUCCACCCGACUCCAUCUAUGAGGCUGGAAAAACCCCUCCGCCACUCAUGAAGAGGGCCUACUCCACUGAGAAAUAGUUUGGACGCUUCACAUGUGACCUGUAGACCUCGUCUGUCCGCUACAGCUCUCCUGUUUCCAGCAGAUGAUCAGUCCGCUAUAGAGCUUUUCAGAAGCACUAAACAUCCACAGCAUGACCUUUAUCAAGACUAAACCAGCCUCAUUUAUAGUUUAGGUCAGGAAUCGACUGCUUUAUUCUUAUUUAAAUGUCUGUAUUCAUUCUUACACAACAUUAAAAAGCCACUUGGUCACAGUGUCAAAUAUUAUAUUUCAAUUAUAUUUAAAGAAACGCUCUACCUUUUUUGCAAAUAUACUCAUUUCACACCUCUCCUAAACUUAAAUAGCUGAGUUUUAUUCCAUAUCCAAUCUUCAGCUCUGAUGGGAGCAAUUUUAGCUUAGCUUAGCAUAAAUCAUUGAAUUGGAUUAGACCAUUAGCAUAUUGCUAGUACACAGUGCUGUUACCUAUCUGGAGACUAUUUUCAGGCUCUGCAUAAUAUCAUUGCGCAUGCUGCAGCCAUUUUUUUUGAGCGACAUGCUGAUGGUCUAAUCCGAUUCAAUAAAUUAUGCUAAAGGUGCUCCUGUCAGACCCAGAGAUUGCCUGAAUGGAUGGCUGAACAGAAGCACUAGUAAAGCUUGACUCUUCUGUAGUUUCAUCUGUACUAAGACUGACCGAAAAUGAAUAUAUAUUUUCUAGGCUAAUAUUUAUGAACUAUAUACUCUCAUUCUGGCGUAAUAAUCAAGGAAGAUAUACCUAGUUAACUAGGUUAGUAACAUUGCACUGCUUAAGCCAUAUUUUAAGCAAGUUGCUAAUGGUCUAAUCCGAUUCAAUUAAUUAUGCUAAGCUAAAAGUGCUCCUGCUAGAUUCUGAGAUCAGCUGAAUAGAUUCAAACAUAAUAAAACUUGCAUGUUUAACUGUUAGGGAGCUUAAAAUGAGCAUAUUUCCAAAAAAAGUGGAGUGUUUCUUUAACAAAAGCCAGACUUUAAAGUGCUGAGUAUGUUGAAAGUGUUGGUGGUAUUUAUGAGGUUUGUGAAAUAAACAUUCCAUAAUCA